AUGGGCACCUAUUCAUAUUAUGAGGAUGAGAACUUUUCCAUAUGUUCCUCUUCCUUUCAAAGAAUAGAAAAUAUCAAACACUCGCUUCCUAAUCCUAAUUAUGCAGCUUCCCUUUUUCAAAGUGUGGGCGCAAUAAACGGCGUCGUUUGCCUCUACAGCCCUCACUUUGAAUUCAUUUAUGGUAUCAUACUAUGGAACCCUUUGAUAGAUAGACACCUCAAACUCCCAACCCCACUUUUCACCUUCAAAAAUUUAUACAAAGCAGGACUCGGGUUUGGAUUUGAUUCAAAGAAAAAUGAUUUCAAGUUGUUAAGGAUUGUUUAUCCUAUACCCCCUACGGGAUGGGAUGAUACUCCCCAAAAAGAAAAAAAAGGUGAUGAGUUUUUCUCAUGGAUACCAAAGGUUGAGUUGUAUUCACUCAAUGAAGGUGCUUGGAGAGUCAUUGAUGAUGAUGAUGAUGAUGAUUCUUCAUCGCAUGGGUUAUUAAGAAGAAAAAUAUCAGAGAAGACACCUUGCUUUUUCAAUGGGAAUGUGCAUUGGAUUGCUUAUGAUAAAUAUGGAAUAUCUAUUUUAUAUUGA